AUGCCACUGAACAAAAACAACAUCGCAGGCACCACUAUGAAACCGAGCAAUAAAAACAGUGCAGGCACCACUAUGCCACCGAACAAAAACAACAUCGCAGGCACCACUAUGAAACCGAGCAAUAACAACAGUGCAGGCACCACUAUGCCACCGAACAAAAACAAGAUCGCAGGCACCACUAUGAACCCGAGCAAUAACAACAGUGCAGGCACCACUAUGCCACAGAGCAAUAACAAGUACUACUCCCUCUAUUGUCGUACAUUUUGCGCUACAAACGGCGAAAUUCCAAAUGGUGAGCAUCUAAUUGAUAUUGAUACUCAAGUUUGGAAUGAUGCCGAUAAAGCGUCAAAUGCAAGAGAAAGGACUCCACGUAUACCAAAGAUUCCGAUCGCUUUGAGAAAUAGUCAAAAUCAAAAGUUGCCUCAGUGGUUUAAACCAAGCGUGAUUUCAAUUGGUCCCUAUUACUAUGGUCAAAAGGAUUACCAGGAAGCACAAAAGCUCAAGUUUGGGCAUGCUAUGAAGUUCAUUGAGGAAAGUAAGCAGAAGAAAGAUGAUUUGUACCUCAGAAUAAAAAAUGAGACACCGGAACUGCUGAAGCGCUACCAUAAUGAUCAGACAAUAUCGGACAGUAGCGCCCAGAAACUGGCGACGAUUUUCUUGCUGGACGGGUGUUUUUUACUACAUUUCAUCAACUACAGCAGCGAGGAGAAUGGGUCCAAACUUUUGGGUUUUACAAAUCAUGAAAUGACUCAUAUAAAACAGGACUUGUUCUUGCUGGAGAACCAACUUCCCUAUGAAGUCCUCGAGCUGCUGUUAAAGGACGCAGAAAAUUCAAUUCCGAUGAAAGGAAAGAUAAACAAUUUCGUUGCAUCUCAUGUCCCCUUUCCUCGAGGAAUACGGGUAACAGAAGUGAAUCUUCCACCUUUCCAUCUGCUCCACUAUUUGCAAUUUAUCAUUUUAGACAAACCGGGAACAAGUAGCCCAACACACAAACAGGACGAAGAAGACAAAGGACGUGGGAGGGGGAGACUCGAAGGGGGCUCAUGUAAAAACGUCCAGGAGCUUAGGAAAGUGGGCAUCCAUUUUAUGCCCAGUCCCACGAGUUAUUUGACAGACAUUUCUUUCAAGCCUCACUUUGGCACCACCGGAUGCCUCAAGCUUCCUACCUUUUCCAUGAACACCUCCACUAUGAUAAUUUUCUUAAACUUGAUAGCCUUCGAAUCCUCAGAUACCGCCAGCAACCUUGGUGUAAUCUCUUACCUAUGCUUCCUGGAUUCACUCAUUGAUCGUUGGGACGGCGUGAAGGAGCUUCAGGCAGCGGGAAUAAUCCGUAACUUUGUUGGUGAACAAAGAGACGUGGCCCAAUUUUUCAACAACGUAUGCAGCAAAUUGGUACCAAAUCCUUCUGCUUAUAAAGAUGUAAAAGAACAGAUUCAAAAUCAUGUUGACAGGCACCAGAAUUGCAGAUUGCGCAAGUGGUAUAUUCAGUGCAUGCAAAAAUAUUUCAGUAGCCCCUGGAGUUUCAUAGCUUUGAUUGCUGCAGUUAUAGGACUAUUGCUUACUGGCAUUCAGGCUUACACUUCACUCUUCUCCGGCUAGUCCACAACUGAUGCAAUAUGUAAAUAUUAAUUCCGGCCCAAACACACCUGUUGAUGCAAAGGGCCUAUCUGAAGAGUUGGAUCUGACAGGCGUCAUCUCCUGCACUACUCAUAUUCAUGCAUGCCAGUCUGUCAUGCCUAGCUACUUAUCUUAUUUAAUUUGGAGUGUUUUAUAUUAUUGUGUGAAUAAAAAAUA